AUGGCGGACGAGGAGGAGGAGGUGGAGAGGGACGGUAGCGGCAGCAGUGGUGGAACGAACAGCGGCAGCGGCGGCGAUGGUGCCGGGUGGCUGCGACCUAUGGACGCGGAGCAGCUGCGGGAGUGCGGCCACCGGAUGGUGGAUUUCGUCGCCGACUAUUACAAAUCCAUCGAGACCUUCCCCGUCCUCAGCCAAGUGCAGCCAGGAUAUCUAAAGGAACUUUUACCGGAUACUGCUCCCAGCAAACCCGAUACAUUGGAGGCCCUUUUUGAUGAUAUACGAGAGAAGAUAGUACCCGGAGUUACACAUUGGCAAAGUCCAAAUUACUUCGCUUAUUAUCCUUCCAAUAGCAGCACUGCUGGCUUCCUUGGGGAGAUGCUUAGUGCAGCCUUUAACAUAGUCGGAUUCAGUUGGAUAACCUCUCCUGCUGCAACUGAGCUAGAGGUUAUUGUCUUGGAUUGGUUUGCCAAAAUGCUUAGGCUCCCAAGUCAGUUCCUGUCAACUGCACUUGGUGGAGGUGUAAUCCAGGGCACUGCCAGUGAAUCAGUUCUUGUUGUCCUUUUGGCUGCACGAGACAGGACUUUAAGGAAGCAUGGGAAGACGUCACUUGAAAAACUAGUAGUUUAUGCAUCAGAUCAGACACAUUCUGCUCUCCAAAAGGCAUGCCAGAUUGCUGGGAUUUUCCCAGAGAACGUGAGAUUGGUGAAGGCUGAUUUCGAUAAAAACUAUGCCGUUGCACCUCUAGCCAUUAGUGACGCCAUUGCCACAGACUUGUCAUCUGGUUUAAUACCAUUUUUCAUCUGUGCAACAGUAGGCACCACAUCUUCAUCAGCUGUGGACCCAUUGCCUGAGCUAGGACAAAUAGCAAAGGCCAAUAACAUGUGGCUCCACAUUGAUGCUGCCUAUGCGGGAAGUGCCUGCAUAUGCCCAGAAUAUCGACAUUACCUAAAUGGAGUGGAAGAAGCUGAUUCAUUUAAUAUGAACGCACAUAAGUGGUUCCUCACAAACUUUGAUUGUUCCUUACUAUGGGUGAAGGACAGAAGUUAUCUCAUACAAUCAUUGUCUACAAAUCCAGAGUUUCUCAAGAAUAAGGCUUCCCAAGAAAAUUCUGUCUUUGAUUUCAAAGACUGGCAAAUUCCACUUGGACGGCGUUUUAGAUCACUUAAGUUAUGGAUGGUCUUGAGGCUUUAUGGCGUGGAUAACCUUCAAAGCCACAUCAGAAAGCAUAUAGAGUUAGCCAAACAUUUCGAACAACUUGUGAUCUCUGAUUCAAGAUUCGAGGUAGUGACUCCAAGGACCUUUUCACUUGUUUGUUUCCGCCUUGUGCCCCUGGCAUCUGACCAAGAUAAUGGUCGCAAAUUGAACUAUGACCUAAUGGAUGCCGCUAACUCAAGUGGGAAGAUCUUCAUAUCACAUACGAUUCUUUCUGGCAAGUUUGUCUUACGAUUUGCAGUUGGAGCGCCUCUUACAGAGGAGCAACACAUCAAUGCUGCUUGGAAGAUUCUACAAGAUUUGGCCACCAAACAGCUAUUAGGAAGUCCAUAG